UCAAACAUAACAAAUUAUUAUUUUUCCAAAUAUUUAAUUAGAUUUGAAAGUGAUGACGUUGCUAUUAUACACGAAAAUGUGCCUAAAUCAAACAAAAGCCUAUGAUUUGUCGCUGUCAUUAAAAAUGGUCAUAUUCUUGUUAUCAGGGGGUGAUGAAAGAACCCGUGCUGUGAACCAGAAAAUAGUUCAGCAAUUCUUUGAUAAGAAAGUGUUAGUGAAUUAAUCUUCUUCGCAACUUAAUUAUGUUUAUUAGUGCCUCUCAGGCGUUUACUUUGGAUUCAAGUACUGAAAGUUCUAGUAAUUGUGACGAAGCCAUGCCAGCUAUAAUGAAUAGUAAUUCGGGCACGUCGCCGCCACCGCUGCGGCUAACUUUCCGCACCGCCCGCCAACCCUGGGACGCAGUACUUAGGGGCCGCACGCUCUACGUUGCGUUGCCGCCCCAGGUAUUGCCCGAGGGUUCUCGCGAGGCUUUCGUAGCAUUGCUCGAGGCUGCGGAGGAACAACUCAAAUGCGAACAUGUUGUCGUGGUCUUUGCCGCUGAUCGACCAGACAGAGCCGUAUUAGUCCGAACAUUCAUGUUCUUGGGCUUCGCUGUGCUGUCUCCAACGUCACCGCUGGUACCACCAUCAUUGGCCAAUGGCAACGUUUGCAUGCUCUACAACAUCGAAUGAAAAGUUCCCAAAUAGUAGCCUCGGACGUCGCUAGUUUUGUUCAUGUUUUCUAUAUAUUUCCAUUAGUAAUAGACAGGUUGGAUGGUGUCUUGCACCGCUUUUUUAACAAUUCAAAUAUAUAUUUUGAUUAUUGCACCAAACCUUUUAAUUUUUACUUGAAGUCUAGGUAUGAGUACAAAUUAAAAAUUAUACUCCGAACCUCUCUUGAUGUGUUUAGAUAAUUUAAUAAAUCAAUCACAAUUUAAUUUAAUAAAUCAAUCACAAUUCAAUGUCAACAUAGCUUCGAAAAUAACGCUAAAUCACAAUUUAUUUGAAUUGGUAAUGUGUAAUACAAGGAAAACUUUUUUAAGUUCAUGUACGUUUUAUUUUGAUAAGAAUUUUUACUUGGUUUGUUCUGUGUUUAAUUUUAAUCUUUUCCUAAAUAUUAACAUUGUGUUUCGUUAAAUUUUAUUAAUCACUAUUUUAUUAAACAUAUAAAAUACCAUUUCACCAUCCAAUUUAGUAGCGAUUUUUAUUUACUUCAUUUCCUGAUAAUAUUAAUUUAGUAUGUUUUUAUUAUAAAUUUUCGUAUUUGCCAAAUAUUAGGAAUUGAGGUAAAAAAUAUAAUACAUGUGUUUUAUAGCUUUUGUCACGUUAGGCAUAUACACAGCAUGUCGUUAAUCUAUUGUUUUAGUUAUCAGGAU